GAACCGAAGGAACAAGGUGAUCGACAGUUUUCUCAGCAGACAGUUUCCAGCGAUGCAGAUCUUGUGUCAGGACAAGACCGUGGACAGCUUCAUCCCAGAUACCAGGGCGGGAUCACGGACGAAGAUGUCAUGCUACCCGGAUCCGAACAAGACGUGCUGCCAUCCAACCAACGGGGAGCACGAGUACAUAGUUCCAGCCGGGAUGUUCAAGGAGUGCCUCUACUGCGGGACGGUCUGGAAGGGCGAGAAGUACCAGAUCAGGCGCAAAGAUCGAUCGCAUUACUCCAUCGGCAAGCAGUUCAUGCGCGCCGCCUUCCUCGUCGGCUCAGCGCUUACCCCCCUCAGCACGGCCUGGGCGCCCAAAUACGACACGAAGAUCACCGAGUCUACGAAGGAGGAGGUCACCAUGGUCGGAGGCGAUGGACGAGGAGCAGGACUCGAGCUGGGAGCGACCACCUCAUGCGGAAGCCAAAUAACGACAGGUCAGGCGAAGAGGUACUACGGUAUGGCCAAGUCUGCCUACAACAACUUGCAGCUCGAGAAGCGCGUCUAUGAGAGACGAAUGCAGAAGAGCCGUUUUCCACGACGCCAGCGACGCGGCUUCGACAUCUACGAGAUCUUCGCGGGCGAGUGUGGCAUCACCCUGCGCGCCACCGGCCGCGCCAACGGCUGGGGCAUGCGAGCUCUACAGCUGGUGGACAAGCUGUUCGGUCAGGACUUGAAGAAGCAGAAGGCCAGGAAGGAAGUGCUCGAGACGAUCGACAAGCGGCAGCCGCGCUUGGUCAUCAUCCAGCUUCCGUGUACACUCUGGUCGCUGCUCAACCGCAACGUCAACUACAAGGAGAUGCCCGAGGUGCUGGAGGACCUACGCGAUGAAGAGCGGUGCUUCAUCACCUUCACGAAGGACAUCUUCGACAAGCAGAAGGACUACGGCGACCAGGCCCUGCUCGAGAAUCCCGCCACUGCCGAGUCGUGGCGCGAGGAGGCAAUCGUCAAGCUCAGGAAGGACAACUACGAGUUCACCUCUAAUAUGUGCAUGUUCGGCAUGGUCGGCAACCAGGGCCUCCCCAUGAAGAAGCUGGUCCGCUGGUUGGGUACGCAUCCACUUCUCAUUCAAGAGCUCGACCGACACUGUGACCACAGCCAUCCACAUGAAGAAAUGCAAGGAAGUGGACCUAAUGGCAACACCAAGCUCUCACAGGUCUACACCUGGCAGCUAGCCGACGCCAUCUGCCGAGGUCUCACCAGGGUCAUCGAGAGCGAGCAGUUCGGACACGGCAUCUACCUGUGCAGCUACUACCCCGUCUCCUACGACGCUCCAGCCCCUACCGUGCACCACGUCUGCUAUUCGGCGCCCGACAUGGACGAGACGAAGUGGAAGAACAUCAUGCAAUCGGUCGUCGAUGUCAUGAGUCGAAGGAACGCCCCCUCAGCUCAGGUGGCGCAGGACUCAGAGAUGUGGAAGCAGGUGUCCGAGUUGGUCCCCUGGCAGAUCUUGCACAUGCAGGCCGCCUUCCAGCCGAAGGCGAAGCCUACGCACCACGAGAACGAUUUCAAGACCCAGUACGAUACGGGUUGUUCAUUAUCGGACGUGCUCCAGUUGGCGAAGUACCUGCACCACCUCGACCACCAGUCGAAGGCGAAUCACGAUAGCCAGUUCCAGUACCCGACGAACCACAGUCAGAUGAACUUCAGCCUCAGCCU